CAAGGAAGUCAUGCAGGAGAAUUAUGAGAUGGUGGCCUCUCUAGGUGAUGGAGAAGAUAACCAGAAUUUUGACGGGCCAUCUGUAAAUUACUUCAGCAUGAGUGAACACUUUAGCACACAACUACAAACUCAUACAGGAGAGAAACCCUUUAAAUGCAUGGAGUACGGAAAGAGCUUCAGUGAGAGUGGAAAUCUUACAAGACAUCAACAAAGUCACAUAGGGGAGAAACCAUUUAAAUGUAUGGAGUGCAGAAAGAGCUUCAGUCGUAGUGCAAACCUUACUAUACAUCAACGAACUCACACAGGGGAGAAACCAUAUAAAUGUAUGAAGUGCGGAAAGAGCUUCAAUCAAAAUGCAAACCUUAUUGUACAUCAGCGAACUCACACAGGGGAGAAACCAUUUAAAUGUAUAGAGUGUGGAAGGAGCUUCAGGGUUAGUGCAGUGCUUAGUGUACAUCAACGUAUUCACACAGGGGAGAAACCAUUUAGCUGUAUGGAGUGCGGAAAGAGCUUCAGUCAGAAUGCAAACCUUAUUAGACAUCAACGAAGUCACACAAGGGAGAAACCAUUUAAAUGUGUGGAGUGCGGAAAGAGCUACAGUUGUAGUGCAAGCCUUACUAUACAUCAACGAAUUCACACAGGGGAGAAACCAUAUAAGUGUAUGGAGUGCGGAAAGAGCUUCAAUCAGAAUGCACACCUUAUUGCACAUCAGCGAACUCAUACAGGGGAGAAACCACAUAAAUGUAUGGAGUGCGGAAAGACCUGCAAUCAGAAUGCACACCUUAUUGCACAUCAGCGAACUCAUACAGGGGAGAAAGCAUUUAGAUGUGUGGAGUGUGGAAAGAGCUUCAGUCGUAGUGCCAGCCUUACUAUACAUCAACGAAUUCACACAGGGGAGAAACCAUUUAAAUGUAUUGAGUGCGGAAAGAGCUUCAGUCAGAAUGUAAACCUUACUAUGCAUCAACGAAUUCACACAGGGGAGAAACCAUAUAAAUGUAUGGAGUGUGGAAAGAGCUUCAGUCAUAGUACAAGACUUACUAUGCAUCAACGAAUUCACACAGGGGAGAAACCAUUUAAAUGUAUGGAUUGUGGGAUGGGUUUCAGUGUAGGUGGAACACUUACAAGACACCUACGAACUCACACAGGGGAGAAACCAGGUAGAUGUAUGGAAUGUGGCAAGAGCUUCAGUCAACGUUCAUACCUUACUAUACAUCUUCGAACUCACACAGGGGAGAAACCAUUUAAAUGUAUGGAUUGUGAAAAGAGCUUCAGUUACAGUGGCUCUCUGAGAAGACACCAACAAUCUCACAGAGAAGCAACUGUUUAAAUGGAAGUAGUGAGGAAAGUGUUUCAAUUAGAAUGGAGUUCUUAAUUAACACCUAUGGACUCUCACAGGGAAGAACCCAUUUAGAUGUAUGGAGUGUGCCAUGUUUUCCUCACAGAGUUCACUUUGUCCCUUAUAUCAACAAACUCAUAUAUGGAAAAUUCAAUUGUAAAUGCAUGAAGUGUAUUUGAUGUUCUGGUGUUUGUAUGGAAAGUUGUACAUAUAUGUAUUAAAGCAAUGAAGGUAAUGUCUCA